AUGCCAUGCAAGCGCCCUACUGAUAAUGGUGGUAUUGCUCUCAACUCCACUGAAGCAGUAUUCGAAGAGCAAUUCUAUGAAGCCACGGAGGAUGAUGUAGAAGUAAUGUUGGAGGAGGUUUAUGAACAUCUCGGCAGUGGAACUCUGCCUGACGGCCUUGCCGACAUGAAUGGCGGCCUUCAGUUGGGUUGGAUUGGUGCGGAAGAGGCUGAUGCGGAAUCCAUGGGAGAAAUCACUGUGGGGUCUGAAGUGGAUAGUGUGCAUGACACCUGGACAUUGGACCGCCAAGGCCUGCGUUAUGCGUUACAAAUUUCAAAAAAGUGCCGACCAGGUGGGUGGAAUAGGUGGAAGGGACAGCAGUUUGUUCAUGCUUCGAGAAAAGUCGAGUGCACGUGCAACUUGUUUGAUCCAUGGCUGUCCAGCUGGAAUGGUCACGGGCCACUGGAAGUGCAAACGCCGAACCUUCUCUCCAUAGCAGUGGGGGUCGGCAACAAGGCUGUGACCUUGUGACGCUUACAUAAGCGAAACAUGGCUCGAUCGUGGCCGCACCAUCCCCCCUCUCCCAAGACCUCAUCUUUAGGUUGCAAGCUAUGUUAAAACUCAGGGAACAAUAAUACAAUAUCGAUUGGUG